GACUUCAAGAUCCAAUUCCUGGUCUUUAUCCAGUGAGGUAUCAAGAUUUGUCAAAGUUUAUGCAAUUAGAAGAAAUAAGACGCUUCAUGUUGACUACCACCAAUAUAAGGUCAUCCAUGGCCAUAAUAUGGAACACAGUGGAGGAUCUUGAGCACACAUGGUUGUCGAGGCUUCAACAACGUUACAAAGUGCCCAUCUUUCCAAUAGGCCCAUUUCACAUGAUUGCCCCAACUAGCACAACUAGCUUGAUAGAAGAAGAUGAGAGCUGCCUCACAUGGUUAGAUAAACAAGCUCCUCAGUCCGUCCUCUAUGUAAGUACAUGUGGGAGCAUAGCUUUGAUUAAUGAAAGUGAUGUUGAAGAGAUUGCUUGGGGUUUGGUUAAUAGCAACCAGCAGUUCUUGUGGGCAGUCCGUCCCGGGUCAAUUGAUAGUUCUCAAGGGAAAGAGCGGUUCUUAGAAGACUUUGAGAAAAGAAGUGGAAACAGAGGACUAGUAGUGAAAUGGGCGCCGCAGAAGAAAGUAUUGGCUCAUGGCUCAGUUGGUGGAUUCUGGAGCCAUUGCGGUUGGAACUCAACGUUGGAGAGUCUUGGUGAAGGUGUUCCAAUGAUUUGUAGACCCCACUUCGCUGACCAACUUGUGAAUGCUAGAUUCUUGGUCCAUGAAUGGAAUGUCGGGCUCGAUUUGGAGAAGGUGGAGAGAGGUAUCAUUGCAGAGACUAUUAGAAGACUUAUGGUGGGAGAUGAAAGGAAAGAGCUGAAGAAGAAUGCCAUGAAAGUGAAGAAGAAAUUUGAUGACUGCUUUGAAAGAGAUGGGGGCAGUUCUUUUAGAGAACUAACAGAUUUCAUAGCAUCACUUUCGCUUCCAAAUUUUGUUAGUGAGGUGAGAGCUGGUGGUGAUAGCUAAGUUUUGAACAACAAAAACCGAUUUCAUAAAUAAUACUCCUCCGUCCUCCGAGAUUGACUCAGCUCCUAUUCACUUGGUUAAUCCAAAUCUCUCUUAAUCUCUUACUUUGUAUAUUAAUUUUUUAUCAAAUUUGAUUCAAGUUUUCACGACUUUGUAAAACUAUUAAUGUAGUUUCUGAAUAUCUAUUUUUUUUCUAAAAAUAAUUUGACAGCGGAUAAAGAUCUGUUUGCUUUAUCGUCGGUCAAACAUCGUAAACCGAAGCAUCACAAUCUUAGUUGGAUGGAGAGUUCUACUAUACUUGCUGUGGAAGUUGACCUCCCAUUAUGCUCAUUCAAUCCAUUCCCAGAUUGCCACCGGUUUUUUUAAACCUGAUCAUCAAUUGUUUUUUACUUCAAUGCUGUUAUGUUCUAUACUUCUAUUGAUGGUAAAUUAUGUUUGGCAGAUGAAAUGAAGAAAUUAAGUUUAUCGCGAUGGCUCGAUGAGUUAGGGGCCGAGUCUGUUCGUGGAGAUACAGUUGAUGAAGAUAAUGUAAGUGUAUGGCUGGGUGCAAUCCUUUUCCCCGGUUACUGCAAGUUUUAUGUGCUCAUUUGGUUGGGACCAGUUGGAUGAUUCCCACUUUGUACCUUUGACAGUGCAUUUUCUAACAAUAUAAACGCAUUAACUUAGGAAAUUGAAUUAU